AAAUAGAUGUAAUCACGUGACCAAUAGGAAUUUCCGUCCUUUUUCGUCAAAGUUGUUUUGUUUUUGUUAAACUCAACAUAAUUAGCGUAAAUUAAGGUAUUCUUCCUGUUAGAUGUGUUUACACGCUUAAAUGAACAUUACAGUUUCAGGUUAUUAAUGUCCUUGUUGAAUCAAGUGUGUGGAUAUGUCUCAGGUUAUAAGAAAAGGACCAUGGAAGGAGGAGAGAAUGCUGGGAUCUGGAGGGUUUGGGGCUGUCACAUUAUGGAAGAAUGAGGAAACCGGUGAGAAGAUAGCUUUAAAGAAAUGCCGCCUGCAGAAUGAGAUGACAGAUAAACACAAACAGCGUUGGCAGCUUGAGGUCCAGAUCAUGCAGCGGUUAGAACAUGACAAUGUGAUCUCUGCUAUGAAUGUCCCGACAGUUCUGGAUGUAAAACCCACUGAGCUUCCAUUACUUGCCAUGGAAUACUGUUCAGGAGGAGAUCUAAGAAGAAUUUUGAAUCAGCCACAGAAUUGUUGCGGGCUGAAGGAGUUUGCAAUACGAUGUUUGAUACAUGACGUGUCUGCAGGAGUGGAAUAUCUACAUGGCAAAAAGAUCAUUCACAGGGAUCUGAAACCAGAAAAUAUUGUCCUUAACACUGUAGAAGACAAGAUUGUAUAUAAGAUUAUAGAUCUUGGUUAUGCUAAAGAGUUGGACCAAGGCAGUGUGUGCACCUCAUUUGUUGGAACUUUGCAAUAUCUAGCUCCAGAAUUGUUUGCCAGUCAGAAGUACACAUGUACUGUAGAUUACUGGUCUUUUGGUACAGUUGUGUUUGAAUGUAUCACAGGAUAUCGACCGUUCCUUCCUAACAGUCCUCCAGUCCAGUGGCAUAAAGAAGUGUGUAAGAAGUCUCCAGAAGAUAUCUGUGCCAAGAUUGACGACCACGGGGAAGUUAAAUUUUAUAAAACAGUACCAACAGCAAACAGACUUAGCAGAUCAAUGCAGACGUAUCUGGAGCAGUGGUUGCGGAAUAUGUUACGAUGGGAUCCGAAAGCACGAGGGGGAGGGCUUGUGAAAGCUGGGAGACCGGCUGUCUUUCAGAUGCUUGAUAAUAUCUUACAAAUGAAGAUCAUAUACCUCCUGCAUGUAGCCUCAAAUGAACUGUUGACAUACCCUGUGAUAGACCAGCACAACAUGUUAGAUCUACAUAAACGUAUAGAAGAGGAAACAAAAAUACCUAUAACUGAACAAGAUGUGAUACUUGCCAAUGGAGUUACACCAGAAAAGGACAAACCAGCUGCUCAGUGCUGGCUUGAACCUACGGAGGAGGGCAGUUAUGUGUAUUUAUUCCAGCAUGGUAAUAGAGACUUCGAGAAUGGACUAAAGAAAAACAAAUUACUCCCACCAGCGGUGCAGACAAUUGUAAAAGAUCCAAAUACAAUGAUUCCAUUUAAUGAUCAAAAGAGAGCCUGGGCUGAAUCAGUUUUCUACUGUGAAGAACAGUACCUGGAAUUUAAAAGAAUUGUUCUAAGUCAAAGAGCUGCCAUAUUAAGUUUAAUUAGAAUUGAUUCUGUAUUUGUAAAAGCAAAAAACAAAAUGACCAAUGAACUUGACCAAUUGUUAACAAAGUCAGACUUCUUUUUACAAAGUUUGGACCAUGACAUGAUGUUUUACAAUGAACAAGCAAACAAUGGUGGAGUCAGUUCAGAGAGUAUGUUUUCCAAGUGGUUGAAAAUGCAGAAAGAAGUGCAGACAUUUAUGCAAAUAAAAUUGAAGGUGUCGGAGUUAGAAAGUCAAGCUGUUGCCCUGCAGACUAAAAUAGUGGAGCUUCAGAAGAGUCCAUUUGCCAGAACAAAACAGGAUGAUACUCUGGAGGAAUUAGCGAAGCAAGCUAGAAGUGUGUACCAGGAGUUCAGACAAACUGCAAGAGAGAAUAGAGAUGCUGUGAAAGAUCAGAAACCAAUGGUGUCUGUCGUUGUGAAGUGUGUGUUAUGGAGAGACAAGAAACUGCCUGAUUUAUAUGCUCACCUAGGAAAAAUCGGGGCAUGUAAAGCAGACGUGUACACGUUACUGCCACAAGUAGAGGAAUGUUUACAACAGAUACAGAGUAAUUCUAGGAAGCUGUUAGACUACCAGAAGCAAAGACAAACUGCCAUAUGGAAGCUGCUAGAAAUAACUGUUCAGCAAGCUAAAAAAUCUCAGCCUCAGUUGCCGUCACCACUCACAGAUUCUAUGGACGUAUCACGCAUGGUGGCACCUCAGAUGUUGCCUAGCCCAGAAUUGUCCACAAGUAAUCGUAGUAAUGCUGGCACUCCGAGUAUGUUACAGUCAGUAAUGAGUAUGUCAUCAAGUGUCGAGUCAUUAAAAGCAGUUGAGGAUUCAAGGGCAACAUCAAAAAAGUUUGAAGAGACUUUAGGGAGCUUUAUGGACGAGCAUGAAAAUUUCACAACACUGAUAAGUGACCUUGACCUCUCUGGAGUAGGAAAUUCAGCAAAUACUUGAUGUCUGCUGUGUAAAGAUAAGAGUUCGAAAUAAAUUUCUGUUGGUGGUGUAAGCUGCUGGUGUUCUAUGGGUCUUGAUUAUCACAGAUACUGGCAGUUUGCAGGAACAAAUCAACAUACUUGUAUCAGUAUUGUUAAUUCUGUGAAAGAGCUAAAUAAAAACCAGUUUUACAAGGGAAUAUGACUGAGAUAUCUACUGAAUGAACUAUGUAUGGAUAUAAGUUCUAUAGAAAUUGAGCUAUGUAAAUUUGUUAUCAUCACAGUGUUGUAAGAUGUGUGGAUGAUGCAAUAAACCGGUGAGCUCUUUCGCAAACUCAUUUUAAGUAGAAAGGAAAUGUUCACUGAUAUAAGUGAAGAGUGCUAUUUAUACGACACCUGAAUUGAAAAGGUUAUUACAUGUAUAUUAGAUUUUUUCUUAACUCUUGACUGCAACUAAAGUUUGUUAAACAAAUGUGCAAAAGCUCAUGAUUUUAAUACGUGUUGUGUAGUCGUUUUUGUUAUUGUACAAUACAGAAAAACUUUAUUUUAUACAAAAAUAUUGACUGAAUGUAUGAGAGCACUGUUGAGGUUUUUCAAACUGUACUUGAAUUUUUUGUUGAAGCUGCAGAAUAUUUCAGCCAUACCGUAAUAACAUUUCACCUAAUAUACUUUCAAGGAAAAACUGGUUUGCUGGUAAAUUCAACAGCCUUCAACAAAGUUCCUUCAAAAUAAAACAGUUGUUUGUCGUACAAUCUGGAAAUAAGAUUCAGAUCACUUUGAGAAUGUCAGUAUGAUCAUCAUUUCAGCUAUAGUUAAUUCCAUAAUUGUUAUUAAGUAGUUGUUUGUAGCUGGCAUCCAAUUUCUGGAUCAACAUAAAAAGAAGCACAUAUAUUCUUAAUUUUUUAUUUCAGUUAAAAAAAAGUACUUAUGCUUGUUGUUUUAUAACUUCUGACCUUUGACAGCUGGACAGUGUUGAGAAUUUGUUAGCAUGACCUGCAUUAUAAAACAAUAGUUAUAUGAUUCACCAUUAAUAUACAUCAUGUGCGUUUGUUUUUAGCCAAUGAAUAUUCCUUCAAAACUCAUUGUUAGUGCAGUAUUGUGUUAUCUAAGUUAUAAAUGUACAUCAGAAAACUGCCAACUUAACUUUCUGUCAGGAGCUUUGCCUAGGGUUUGGGGUGGAAAUAGCAAGCACAAAAAUAUCAAUAUUUCAGGUGUUUUUAAAAAUGGUUGUACUACAGUAUUAUGCAAGUAAGUCAUGACUGUUACAAGAGAUUUUGAUUAUGUGUUGUUUAUGACUGUAAAUUAAUGUAAAUAUUUCAUAUUUUUAUAUCAGAAUAUUUAAGCAUUUGUUAUUGAGAAGUAUUUGAAACUGUGAUAUGGAAGGGGCUUGCCUCCAGUCAUGUGUCACAACAUUAAUAAAAGUUUAUCAGUUAAGGUAGUUCUGUAUGUUUGGAUCUUCUACAAUGUAGAAUUUGAUUAAACCCAGACUUUUUAAAACUUCAGAAUAUACUUAGAAAAUUCAGCAAAUAAAAAAGAAAGGAUUGUGUGCUUGAUUUUUUGUUAGACUGAUUUGAAAAAUUAGGACAUCAAGCAAUUUUUCAUAAUGGGAAUCUGUGGGAAAAUCACAACUUUCAUAACAUUUUGGCAAAUAGAAUUUUUUCUACAAUGUAGAUUUUAAUGAAACUUCUCAGUCGUAAAUAAACAUAUGGCCUAUAAUUAAUAUGGUGAAAUAAAUUAUAUAGGUCCGUGUGCUUGUUUUUGAGAUUUGCCCAUGAUUAAAGUGAUACACACAUCUCAAGCAGGUUUUGAAUUAUUUACGUGUCAGAUAUCUUAAUAUCAUAUUUUAACUUUAGAAAGAUAGUUACGUUGCCAUUGUAAUAAAUUUACUCACGGUUUGCCAUUAAUUCAUAGAAUUACUUUCAUUUCCGUACACCGAAUCCAGGCUUUAUACUACAUUAUCCGGAUAGAUGAUGUUACGCCACUACUUCAGGUUUAUCAAACGUGCAGAACUACCUUAUAUAUUAGUCAUAUUCUGACAGUACAACAAAUGCAUUAACAUUUUGUAAGCAAAACAUCCACAGUAGAGGAAAGUUUCUGCUAUUUUUCACUAUGUAUUAUGCAGAGAGACUUUCUACAUUUUACAGACUGUGAAGUUUUUAUUAAAAACAGACAAUGUAGAACUCCUUUACAAAAAUUAUACUUGAUUUUAGGUUUUAUUUACAAUUCACACCAAAUGGAAAUGGCUCUUAAGUUUCAAUAUUUUAUACAUAAAUCUGGUAAUGUAGAUACAUAUACUGCAAAACCUAAUAAAUAUAUAAAUUCACAAGUCUGGUUUUUUAUACCAAUGAAAUUUUACUUUUAAUUGAUGAAAAUAAUACAUUUUGCGCCAGUAAUACAAUGCCAUUAAGAAGCAAGCAUUUAAAAAGACAAUAAAAUAAUGUUAAAAUGUAUUCCUUUGUUAUGAAUAACAUGAAGCUUAUGUACUGAAAUUUUAUUUAUUGUAUCAUAACUAAAAUGUGUUCAGUAAGGUACUGAAGGAUGAAAUAAAGGUUAUUGAGAAGCA